CUUGUGGCCUUUGCGUGUGAGCCAGUUCUCAUUUAAAAGACCAGACCCCUCUGAGUCCCUGCCCAUCCAUCUUUGUUCUGUGUAUAAGUGUGUGUGUGGGAUUUCAAUGGGAUUAAUGUCCUCAUGACAACACUCGGCUGGCUGCCUAGUGAGCCUUUCAUUUGGCGUCACUUGAAAGAAGCAGUCUGUGCUCAGUCCAACACUGUACUGAAAGCUCAAGGUUUCCAGACUCCAUUCCUUCCCCUGGAUGUGUAAAUGAAGUCUACACCAGACAGAUUCUUGUGAUGGCACAGGACGAUACCAGCUGGACAGGAGAGGACUAUUUUGAGGGGACACUCCAGUCUCUGUGUUCAGACACAGUAGCGCUGAGUCACAGGGACAAAGGAUAUGAUGACAUUUUGGAGCUUAAUCCGUUUGAUGGACUGCCGUAUUCUUCCCGGUUUUACAAACUGCUGAAGGAAAGACAAGAGCUGCCAGCUUGGAAAGCAAAAUGUGAAUUCAUGGACACUUUGGCCAAAAGACAGUUUGUCAUUGUCAGUGGCUCUGCAAAAACUGGGAGAAGUUCUCAAAUUCCACAGUGGUGCGCUGAAUACUGUUUGUCAGUCCAGUUCCAGCACGGCAUGGUGGUUUGUACCCAGAUCCACACACAGCAGGCUGUAGAUCUGGCUUUAAGGGUGGCUGAUGAAAUGGAUGUCAACAUUGGUCAUGAGGUUGGCUACAGCGUCCCUUUGGAAACAUGUUGCACCGACGACACAGUCCUCAGGUACUGCACAGAUGACAUGCUGCUCAGAGGCAUGAUGUCGGACCCUUUGCUUGAGCACUAUGGCGUGAUCGUAGUGGACCAGGCUCAUCACAGGACCGCCGCCACCGACGUACUCCAGGGUCUGCUGAAGGACAUAGCCGUACAGAGGCCGGAGCUCCGCGUGGUCCUCCUGACCUCCGCUGACCCUGGCCCCAAGCUGCUGGCUCACUUCGCCAAGUCCAUGGUGCCUCUGAUUCACCUUGACAGCCCCACUGGAGGGGAGGUGGUGUACAGCAGCACAGGUGACGGCUACUUCUGCUCUGCUCUACGUCUGGUGCUGGAAAUCCACCAGUCUGACGAGGAAGGAGAUGUGGUUGUGUUUCUGGUGACCGCACAGGAGAUAGAUCUGGCCCACAACAUCCUGUGUCAUGAGAGGCACAGGUCAGGUCUUGAGCUGGGUGAACUUCUGCCUGUCGCUGUGCAUCCUGGUCAGCCUGGGGAUCUACCAGUUCAGGGGGAGGAGGAGAAAGACCGGAUCCGCAGAGUUUUCCUCACGUCCAGCCCAAAUGAAGACUUCUUCUGGGGUUUUGGCCCAAUACGCUUUGUGAUUGAUGCAGGGCUUGAAAAAAGAUAUGUUUAUAAUCCCAGGAUCAGAACUAACUCGGUCAUCUUUCAGCCAAUCAGCGCGGGUCAAUCUGAGAGUCGCAGACACUUGACAGGUCCAACAGGGAAGUGUUUCUGCCUGUACCCAGAGGAGCAGCGCCUUCCUGCCGAGACACGACCACACCUCGUGGAGUCUGACGUCACGUCCACUGUGCUCUUCUUGAAGAGGAUGGAGAUCGCUGGGCUGGGCCGCUGCGACUUCAUCGACAGGCCAGAUCCUGGCAGCCUGAUGCAGGCUAUGGAGGAUCUGGACUACCUGGCAGCUCUGGACAAUCAUGGCAACCUGUCCGAGGUGGGCAUCAUCAUGUCCGAGUUCCCCUUGAAGCCCCAGUUGGCCAAGACUCUGCUGGCUUCGUGCGAGUUUGACUGCGUCAGCGAGGUGAUCAUCAUAGCCGCCAUGUUGACAGCACCUACAUGCUUCAUGGUUCCCUCAGUGAACCUGAAGCCAGAUGUGAACCAGUGCCACAUGAAGUUCCAGCACCCAGAGGGAGACCACUUCACCCUCAUCAAUAUCUACAAGGCCUUUAAACAGGCUCAGCUGGAUCCAUACUGUAAUGUUAAGACAUGGUGUCAGGAUUCCUGCCUGAGUCUCACCUCUCUGCUGACGGCCGACGCACUUCACGCCGAGCUGACCGACACUCUGAGGAGGAUCGAGCUGCCGCUCUCAGCGCCCGCCUUUGGUUCCCGAAGCAACACUGUGAACAUUAGGAGAGCUUUGCUGGCAGGUUUCUUCAUGCAGGUGGCACGAGAUGUGGACGGUUCGGGGAACUACGCCAUCAUGACCCAUAAGCACGUGGCACAGAUCUACCCUCUGUCAGGUUAUGGAGCCAAGAGCCCGAAGCUGGGUCUGCCGGAGUGGGUGCUGUUCCAUGAGCACUCCUUCUCUGAAGACAACUGCCUCCGCACCGUCACCCACAUAACACCCCAGGAGUUCCUUCAAAUGGCACCACAGUAUUUCUUCUACAACCUUCCGCCCAGCGAGAGCAAAGACAUACUCCAGAACAUUUUGAACCACGCAGCGUCUCGUAAACGAGAAGAGACGCUUUCAACCUCCCGUGAGGAACAGCAGCAGCAGCAGCAGGACCACGCCUACGAUCGCUGUGUUAUACAGUGACUGGCGAUUAACUCACGAUUCCCAGCAAAGGUGAUGAAAUAACUAGUAUUAACAGCAGCUACCAGUGAGGACUAAUUGCACUAUACUGGGUCAGGACCCACAAAGAAAUUUGCAGAAUUUUCCCAAACCUUUAGUU